CUGAGCCCUCUACCCGUCAAAUGACCGAGCGUCGGCGUUUAAUGUGGGUUGAAUCGAAAUCUGGUUCAGGUUCAGGCGUUAAGGAAUUGAGAGCAUGAAUGGGCGAAUAGCCAACUCCCACCAAAUUUAGUGAAGAGUUCAGAGGCAAAGGCGGUUUCUCAGAAAGUCAGAACCCUCCACAGAUUUGGACAAAGAGAUGGCGGACGGGACUGCGCAAUCGCGUUACGUGAAGCUCACCAAGGAUCAAGAACCCACGGAGGACAUCACUCCCGGAGAGCUCAACCAACCCAUCGAUGUUCCUCAGUUGAACGAACAUAGAUGCCUCGAAUGCGGGCAGAUGCUACCUGAAAGCUACCAACCCCCUGCAGAUGAAAAUUGGACAACUGGAAUUUGUGGAUGUGCUGAAGAUCCUGAGAGUUGCUGGACAGGACUGUUUUGCCCAUGUGUGCUCUUUGGGCGUAAUGUUGAAAGCUUGAAAGAAGAUAUUCCUUGGACCAAUGCUUGUGUGUGUCAUGCCGUAUGUGUUGAAGGUGGUAUGGCACUUGCAGCAGCGACAGCAAUCUUCCAUGGUAUUGAUCCAGGGACUUCGUUUCUCAUUUGUGAGGGUCUGUUAUUUGCUUGGUGGAUGUGUGGCAUCUACACUGGCCUAUUUCGGCAAUCAUUGCAGAAAAAAUAUCAUCUCAAGAACUCACCUUGUGACCCAUGCCUCGUGCACUGCUGCGUGCACUGGUGUGCGAUAUGCCAGGAGCAUAGAGAGAUGAAAGGGCGUCUAUCCGAUAACGCUGCUAUGCCAAUGACGGUUGUGAAUCCCCCACCAGUUCAAGAGAUGAAAUCGAGCAAUGGCCCAGAGGCCACAAACUCUUCUGGAAAUGGUGCUGAACAGACUACUUUGGAGAUGCAACCUGUGUAGGAUACAGAGUUAGCUAUAUACAGAUGUCGAAGAAAUCUUCUUUGUUUUUACAUAUAUAUUUUUUUGUGGGUUUGGAAAGAAUUAACUUUGUGGGGAACCUUGGAAACCUUAAGUGCCAUACAGCUUUUGAUAAAAAUGCUACUUCCAUGUCAUUUCUGUGGUUGACCAGCAA